AUGAACACGCUAUUCGCUUUGGGCACCUGGUUUACGCCCAGCACAAUCGAGAAGGGGGGCCGUCGUCGCAUUAUGCUAUGGACAUCGGUACUCUUGACGGUUUUCAUGCUGAUCUUCGUGGUCAUGAUUAAUCUUGGUGACAAAAAAUCUAAUGCUACACAAUGGACUGCUGUAGCAUCAGUCGUAGCGUACAUGUUUUUCUUCGGCUAUGGCUGGGUGGGAAUCCCCUGGCUCUAUGGGCCGGAGAUUGCGCCUAUCCGCUACAGAACUUUAGGUGGAUCGUUUGGCGCCACCGGCGAAUGGAGUAUGACAUUCGUCACUGUGUUCGCAGGAGGUAUCGCCCUCCAAAGAGUGGGACCUGUUAUCUGGGUCUGGUUCUUGGUAUUCUGUUUUGUAACAGUCGUUUAUGUCUACUUUUGUUGCCCUGAGACUGGCGGCAAGACUUUGGAGGAGAUCGACCUCAUUUUCAUGAAGAAUCCCCCAACCGCUCCCUUAGGAGAUGCCGAAAAUGCGGUAGACGAUGAACGCUCUGCCAACGGCGCUAAGAAUACAUCUAACAGCACAAUCGAGGAGAAUGAGUUUGUGCCGAAGAGUGAUUGA